AUGCCACGUCCAUCAAACUGCACGUACCCCAUCACCCUCAGCCUCGACGACGGCAACUACACCAGCUGGCGAGAGCUCUUCCUCGUCGCUCUCGGCCGCUACGGCCUCAGCGCCCAUGUGCUUGGCGAGUCCACUCCCUCCGACAUCGUCCCGAACUCCUACUGGGGCCGCGAUGACUACACUAUCCUCUCCUGCCUCUACGGCUCCGUCUCCGUCGACCUCCUCAACAUCCUGGAGGCCGACUUCCGCAACACGCCGCAAGGGGACCUCUCCAUCAGCGACUACUGCGCCAAGCUGAAGGCCCUCGCUGACUCUCUUGGCGACGUCGGCCAGCCCAUCUCCGACGAGACCCUCGUCCUCACCCUCCUUCGCGGUCUUAACGAGAGCUAUUCGCAUCUCCAUUCUUUUCUUCCGUUUCAGGUGUCCUUCCCCACGUUUCUGCAAACGCAGUCCGCCCCCAUCUUUGAGGAAUCGCAGAAGAAGGUGGACUUCAAGAACGCCGCAGGCACGGCGCUCUGGGCUUGCGGGCAGAGCGUGCAGCCUCCACCUGGCGGCCUUCAAGGUACAACAUCCACAAAUCUUCAGCACAUUCUUGGCUUCUAA